CCUCCAAGACCAACCAAGCAAAGCCAAACCUAUUUUUCUUUUUUUCCUGUUUUUUUUUUUUUUUUUGGGGGUAUAGUAUUACUACUGUUUGCUAUAAAGAACUGAAAUGUAUCUUUCUUUCUAGAUUCUCUCUGCAAAUUCUGAGGUAUUAUUAUCUACUUUGCGAAGAGAGUGUUUCUUGAGAAUCCCCAAAUAAACCCCCUUUUUCCGCUAUCUCCCUUUUUAGAUAGCAGCUCUCCAAUCUUUCUCUCUUGCGCCUUUGUCUGCACUUUUUUUGUUUGUUUCACUAACUUUCUCUUCUUCUUUGGCUUCUUCUGAUUGCUUUGCCACAACAUUAACAUGGAUGAGUGGAAAAGGACUAGUGGGCAAAUUCCAGCAUUUGGAGAUUGGGAGAAUGCAAAUGAAAUGCCAAUAACUCAGUACUUCGAGAGUGCAAGACAAGCUGGAUUGAUUCGAUACAGUUCCUCUUCUGGAGAAUGUGAUCAGUACAUGCAUGGUCACGGUUCUUCUGAUUUAUAUGCUUCUGAUCUCAAGAAACCACCUUCUCGUGAUCUUGGUCCUCCAAUAAAGACAAGGGGGAGGGAGAGGAGAGUCCCACGUGUGAAAGAGCAGAAGAAACUAGGCAAAGUCUGUGACGUGACUGAACCGCCAAGGAAACAACACAUGUCUAUGUACACUGUGUCGCAUGGUAAAAACGACAAUGACGUUCCUCAUCCACGUCCAAAAUUGCCUACCAGGCCUACAAAAGCGGUCGACGAGGAUCUCUAUAAAAUCCCUCCUGAGCUCCUUCACUCUUACAAGCGGAAGAAGAAGAUGUCAGGGUUCUUUUCAUGCUUUGCGCCUGCCUGCGCUUCAUAGAUUUGCAUUUGGUUAAGAGAUUGCGUAUGUGAAGAAGAAGAAGGAGAA